GGCUGCCUACUGUUCACCGACGAUAUCUGUAUUUACGUUUCGUUUAUUAACUGUUAUAAGACCGACAGAGGAAGAAAGAGCCAUUGUCCGAAGCAAUUUUGAGUAACAGUUUACUUAAAUCAGUCCUUGCAGUUUCGGGAAGAGGGCGCAAUUUUUUAGUCGUAGAUACAUUGACGGUUAGCGUUACGGAGAACCUGAUUUUUUUUUUUAACAUUUUCGCUGAGCUGUCAAGCUGCUCAUCAGUGUCCUGCUGUUGAUUUGCCCUUUGUUAGCGUGUUAAGCUACGUGAAUAACAUAAGUGCGAGGCCAACGCAUAUACAUCCGGUAAUAGUCGAUAUGUUCAGCCCCGUGAAGUCCUCUUAUUUCAGAGUCAGCCCGGCCAUUGUCAACAGAGAACUCGGCAAGACCAAGAUGAGAUAGCAAGAGGGCACAUCGGAGUGUUAAAACACGGUUUACUACGAGGCUGAGUCCCAGCAUAACUGAGAGAAAACUGAGUUAAAAUAAAGAAAACUCGCACGCCAUGUUUGGGAAUCUUUUCGAAGAAGAUGAGGAGGAAGGCUUCUCUUCCACUUCCUCCAAAGGGAGAGUUUCAAAGGGGGGAGACGAGCCGCCUCCAGCUCGAGGAACAAGCAAUCUGUGCGGCAUCAAGAACCAGGGAGGGACGUGCUACCUGAACUCUCUGCUUCAGACCCUGCUGUUCACCCCAGAGUUUAGAGAGGAGCUGUUCAGUUUGGAGCCAGAGGAGUUAGGAUCCCUGGAAGACAAAGAGAAACCAGGGGCCAAAGUGAGAGUGAUCCCACUGGAGCUCCAGAGACUGUUUGCCCGUCUGUUGUUGGUGGACCAGCAGAGUGCCUCCACUGCCGACCUCACUGACAGCUUUGGCUGGAACAGCAGCGAGGGGACAAAUCAGCAUGACGUGCAGGAGCUGAACAGAAUUCUGUUCAGCGCUCUGGAGCACUCUCUUGUGGGCACCACUGGUAGUACAUUUAUUCACCGGCUCUACCAUGGUACCAUUGUCAAUAGCAUUGUCUGCAAGGAGUGUGGAAAUGUCAGCCAGAGACAGGAGGACUUCCUGGACCUGACGGUGUGUGUUUGUGGCGUGUCUAGCCUUGAGGAGGCUUUGUGGAACAUGUUUGUGGAGGAGGAGUUGUUUGAGGGCAAUAACCUGUACCGCUGUGCACAGUGUGACAGGCUGGUCACUGCUGCCAAGUCUGCUAAGCUGAAGAAGCUCCCUCCAUUCAUGACCAUGUCUUUGCUGAGAUUCAGCUUUGACUAUGCCAAAUGUGAGCGAUACAAGGAGACAGGACGCUACAGCUUCCCCCACACCAUCAACCUACAGCCAUUUUGUGAACGGACUGAUGGAGAGGACUCUGAUUACACUUACGACCUGUUCUCUGUGAUUAUCCAUAAGGGCGGCUGCUAUGGUGGCCAUUACCACGUUUAUAUCAGGGACAUUGACGAGCUCGGUCAAUGGGAGCCACCGGAGGAGGACUGCAAACCUAAAACUCAAAGGAAAGUCAAGGAGGAAGUCAAGGAAGUGUGUGAGUCAAAGCUGCAAGAAGAUGACCCUUUGUCUGUCCUAACAACUAUAAUUGCCCAGGACCCAUCAAAGAGUGUCCUGGUGGACCAACUGGGCCAGAAACUCAUGGAUAAGAUUGGUUCAUCCUGGAGCAAAAAGUUCAGGAAACACUAUGGUCCCAUAGGAAAGUUCCUUCAGUCCCACAAUGAUGUGUUCAUGUUGGUGUCCAAUGGUACCAGAGUAGCACUGAAGACAAACCUGCCAAACCCAGUGACUGAGCCCCCUGGCCAAACAGAGCAGACUACUAACUCUGAUCCUUCAGCAGCUUCAGACCCAGGAGCUACUGAACAACAGGAAGGACUGGUCCAGGAACCAGAACCUGAACCAGGGCAGGGUAGCCACUGGUUUGACCUUAAUGACUCUGCAGUGACCUCCAUAAGGGAGUCUGACAUAGAGAAGCAGUUCCAGGGUAAAGAGAGUGCAUACAUGCUGUUCUACAGAAAAACACAGCUGCACAGGCCCAAUGAAGCUUUGACCAAUCCACAAUAUAAAGUUCCUUCUCACCUCGUCCAGAUGGCUCAAGAGGAGAACGUCAAACUGCAACAGAUGCGUGAGAAGUUUGAAUCCACCAAUAACACAGUGGAGCUGCGCCUGCACCUGGCACCCUGUUACCGCCUAGAAAACGGAGCCCUGCAACCAGCCAACAAAGAGCACAACGGGAGCACCACCCUCAGUUUUGACCGUAGAAAGACUGUAGGAGACCUACGAUUAGCUAUUUACCAGAUGCAGGAACUCUGGGAAGGGGAUAUGGCUUUGACUGUGGCCAAGAGUUUUCCAGCUGGUCUACACCUCUACAAUACUCUCACAGAUGACAAUGUCUCCCUGUACAGCGCAGGCAUCUACACAAACUCUGACCUGUUUGUGUGGAACGGCAGAGAGGUGUGUGGUGCUACUAUCCUGACUGGAGCUGAGUGGGAGCCAGUGCUGCUGAAUGUAGUCCGUCCCUUUUUGGGUGAAGAUGUGGAGCAGGAAGUGGGGGACGGGGUGGAGUGUGAGGAGAGCGGAGGUGGUUAUGAAAAUGGCGGGCUAGGACUUAAAAAGGAGGCGAGAGGGUUUGCAGGAGGUGUGACACUUGGGGAGGUGAAGGAGGCACUGGGGGAGCCUAAGGAGAGUCUGCUAUGCCAGGAGCAUAAGGGAGGAAAGAGAAGAGAGCAGGGGGCAGGAGAAGGAGGAGGGGCGAGCGGAUGGAGAGUGUUCCCACCCGAUGACAUGCAGCGGACGCUAAAGGAACUGUCGCUGAAAGAUGGAGACGCGCUGUUGGUGCUGGAGCCACAGUCCUUCGACAGCAGUGUGUUCACCCUCAAUGGAGAUGUGGUCACUGUGACUACACCAUCUGACUGCCGCUGGCUCCAGGUGGAGUUUCGACCACAUGGAGGAAGAGGAGCUGAAGGGGAGGGGGAGGAGGAGGAGAGGAAGAAAAUUAAGGUUCCAGCCACAGGAAAUAUGCUGCUGUGUGAGGUGAAACAGAGGGCCAUAGAGGAGCUGCAGCUACAGGAGCUUCGCCCAGGUGCACAGUACUGUCUGAGACAGGUGGACUGCUCAGGGAAACUCCUUCCUCCAGUGUGCGAGGAGCUGAGUGUUCGGGAUGCAGGAGUGCGACUCAUGACCACACUCACUCUCUGUCCGGGAAAUGCCCCCAAGGCAUCACAGCUUUUCUUGCAUUUCUCUGUGGGCUCAUCGCCCUCUGCUGGCAUGGAGAUGGACAUAAUUGUGGAGGAGACUUGUACAGUCAAAGAGUGUCUAAAGGCAAUGCUGGAUGCUGUCGGACUUGAUGGAACCUGUUGGCACUUGAGGAGGCUCGAUUGGUGUGAAGAGGUUGGCGAGCCACUUAUGGAUGAGGAUGCUUGUCUGUCAGAGCUCAAGAUAAGCAGUGGAGAGACAUUAGUCGUCACAGAGGGACAACUUCCUCCGAAGGGUUUUCUUAAGUUAUCCAUAUGGCUGUAUGUGGAUCCCAAAAACAUGGAAACAGAUUUUAAUCCAACUGACAAUGGACACGCUGAGGAGCAGAUGCUGGAGGCAGUUGAAACACAUAGUCACUCGCCUCCUCUUUGUGGUGGCAACAUGGUGGACCUGAGAAGUGUAGGACAGGUGGAGAUAUCAGACGAAGCCAUGUUGGAGGAUCUCAAGUCUCAGGUGUUGACGCUGCCUGCUCUCCAAAAUGUGUGUGUGCCAACCACUGCAUUCAUGCGCGUAUGGCAGAUGGAGGGAUUGAGGCUGGCACGAAUCCUCAGAGGACAACAGCUGACGCUCAGGAAAUUGAAGCUAAUCAGUGGUACAGACAUUUGCGUGCAACAGCUGCUGAAAGAGGAGGAUCUUGGGCCCAAGGAAGUGUUGCUAAAUGUUAAGAUGGGAGUACCAGGGGAGAGGUGUUACUACCCUCCAGAAGAGCUGAUUUGGGAUGCAUCCCGUGAUUCUUCUCCUCGCUCUCUACGUACUUGUCUAGCUGCACACUACGGCCUCUCUCCUGACUCUCUGCUGUUGGCAAAGCACCAGCCAGACAAACACACGUGGGAAGAAAUAUCCAACUGGAGCCAGCAGGUUUCCAAAAAGAAAAAGAAGAAGAGAACAGAAUCACUACUGGGAGCACCAUUCCACCUCAAAGAUGGCGACACAAUCGGCAUCAAGAAUCUUUUGAUUGACAAGAACAGGGACUUCAUCACUGUGGAGGAUGAGCAAGGGCAGCAAAGGCUCAGAGAGCAGGCAGAGCAACGCAGGAAAGGAGGGGAGACUGUGGGCGCUGAUGGUGCCGGACUACAGAAGAAGGCUGGACGGACCAAAUCCAGGAAGCCAGAGGUGGCACUGUCAAUCAGUGUUGGGGAGUUCAGAUAGCACCCCACUCCCCUAGGUGUAUGGACAAAUCAGUACUACCUGUAAAACACACGCGCACACAGCUGCCACGUUGCAGUUAGGACAAUCCACCUGACAUAAGUCUUGUGCCGUUUUUUUUUCUCCACACAUCUUUUAAAACUGACUAAAUCAAACCCUAAAUUCCUAUCUGCUUCCCCUCUGAAUUAUUUAUUUUUGGCAAAGGAAGAGAGAGAAUUUCUUCUUUGGCACUUUGAUUUGAUGUUUUGUAACAACUGGCUAUAAUUUGCAUUAUUUCUAUGCAAAAUUACUGGAUUUUUUUUAUUGGAUGACCCAUGUUUGUCUUGCUUGUCUUUUACAAGCUCUUAGUAUGACAACUGCCACACAUGCCCUUUAUCGAAUUUAAUUUCUGUUUUUAUAUUUUCUGAGGGAGAUGUGUGACCUUCAGGACAGAUUUUUGCUGCAUCCACCAGUAGCUAAUUUGUAACCUUUAUACUGCAAGUAUUUCUUUUGCAAUCACAAACCUGCAGUGAAAUACUGCACUGAAGCUUGUGCUAACUCUCAAACACUGCCGCAGUUAAACUGUAGCAAUCAGGGUGAAAAUGUAUAGUGGUAGCCACCAGCCAGUGGCUUUUAAAUUUUGGCUUCCUUUUAACCAAUUUUCCAGUACAACAAGCCACUGCAAGAGGGAAUCAACCAUCACUAAGUCCUGAUGUUCUUUAUAAGGUAAUUGGUUGUACAAGAAGUGACUCUCAUUUAUAUAAUAAACCUGUCACUGUGCACCAUUAACAAAAACCUUUACCUGGAUCAUGGGCUCUAUAGAUGGGCUUAUUUUAGGUUGACAAGGGAGAGGAGAGACAGGCCUUAACAUGGAGAAGCCUCAGUGCUGCUCUGUCCUCCCUACCUCACUCUCUGCCUCUCUCACUCUACCUCUGCUGCCCUGUUAUUGUUUUUUUUUUUUUUGGUCUAAUUUGUAAUUUUCCUAACCCUCAACUGUUGCCCUGCUCUAUUACAGUAAACUACAGUUAAAGUAUUUAGACACAUUUAUGACACAUUGUUUAAUGUUUUGGCUCUGUGUAUUUUACAAUUUGGGUGUAAAAUGACACAUCAGCUGCAGGGUGAAAGUGGAGAUUUAUUGUCCUUCAUUGGACAUUAUCCACCCUUGAUAUAACUGAAUAUUAAAGAAGACACAUUGUGUUAUAUAACCAUAUAUAAUGCCAGAUGAAUUUGUUCACUUCUGCUCCAGAAAUAUACUGUAAAACUUCUCUCCUUGAUUAUGUAAAGGUAAAGGUCCCUGAUUUACAAGUUUUAAUUGAGGAACAUUUAAUGUUUCAUUUGCAUGCACUAAAUGUGAACUUCAGGGAAGUAAAAAUAAUUCUUUAGAUAACUUAUUUGAAGAAAGUGACAAAAUAAUUGUAUUACUGUAUGAAUUGUGGUGUUUUUCUUUUUGUUUUUUUUUGGGAGGAUUUGAUUUUGGGGAGGAAGUUUUUUUCUAUGCUGCUUCAUGUGUUAAUCUGGUCUUCAUCCAGUGCCAAGAAUUUGCAAGUAGAAAUGAUUUUUUUUUAUUUGUUUGAAACAGAUGCAUAAAAUCUACAAUAUACUCAGCAAUAGUGAAAUUUAAUUUUGUAUCAUGUAUCAUUUACAUCUUUGGUGUUAUUGAUAAGGACUGAUCUGCUGAAUUAUGACAGUGGACAUCUGUUUGUAUCCGUUUCAGAUUGUAUUUGCAGAAAGUAUUUUAUCAACAAUAAAGGUAUUCAGUAGUAAAUGUCA